GUUUGUGACUUAAGAAUGCCUUUUAGAGAGCUCCGUGGCCAGUCUGUUGUGCGCACCCACCUGAGGCAUCUUAGGUCAGCCUGCUCUUAGAGUAGUAGUAACCGCCAGAAAGGAGUCGGAAGAGGUCCCAUGAGGCUGUCUUCACCGCUAUGCCCAAGAAUAAAGGUAAAGGAGGUAAAAACAGGCGCAGGGGUAAAAAUGAGAAUGAAUCUGAAAAAAGAGAGCUGGUGUUUAAAGAGGAUGGACAAGAGUAUGCUCAGGUAAUCAAAAUGUUGGGAAAUGGACGAUUGGAAGCACUGUGUUUCGAUGGUGUAAAGAGGUUAUGCCAUAUCAGAGGGAAAUUGAGAAAAAAGGUUUGGAUAAAUACUUCAGACAGUAUAUUGGUUGGUCUACGAGACUAUUAGGAUAACAAAGCUGAUGUAAUUUUAAAGUACAAUGCAGAUGAAGCUAGAAGCCUGAAGGCAUAUGGCGAGCUUCCAGAGCAUGCUAAAAUCAAUGAAACAGACACAUUUGGUCCUGGAGAUGAUGAUGAAAUCCAAUUUGAUGAUAUUGGAGAUGACGAUGAAGACAUUGAUGAUAUCUAAAUUGAACUGAGUGUUUUUACAUGACAAGUUUUCUGAGGAUUGUUCUACAGUUGGGAUUUUGGCCGUCAUCAGUUAAGAAGAGAAAUUCAUUUAGUGUGUCAUUUCUGAAAGCAAACUGAUUUAUUUUCAAUGUUUUAAAGUAUUUAUUUCUUUGGAAGCUGAUGACCCUGAAUUAUCUUGUUAAAUGUUAAUACUUUAUUGUUUCGAUGUAAUGGAACUUAGGAAUAAAAGACCAGUGCAACCUCCACCCCCUAGG